AUGAUUGUCUCGUGGCCAGUUCUAUUCAUCUUCCUGCUACAGUAUACCAGAAACUCUCUGGGUACUUUCCUUCGUGUGGAAACAGGCCAUCAAAACAUCGCCAUCGAUGGGCGGGACACCUAUUACGGUCAUUAUACAAAAAUCCACUUUCACAAUGUAACAUGUAUCAACUCAAUAGACAUUCACUGCUUGAAAGAACUCACUGGUGCCGAAGAAAUCGAUCUUUUAUACUCGGAAUGCCAAAAGGGACACUGGAAAGUUGCACAUUACACGAAUUCAAAACAUCAUUUCAGGUUGAAAGAGCCAAUCCAUGCUCUCCGUCUUCUUAUAUCAAGUCGAAAAGAGCUAUCCGUAAUUGAUGCUCAAGUAACAUCAUGCACCUACCCACCGGCACCACCUUCCGAAUGUCACCGAGCAACAAGGAAUCAUAAUCAUAGACACGGAAAAACUGGAUCAAUUUUGAGAGCAGUUGAUCCGUACUCAAGGAUAGAAGAAGAAAUGGAAGCAGAAGUGGAGGCGGGAGCGAAAGCUCUAGCCAGGGGGUUGAAUCCCGAUCCAGAGACCAGUAGAAGCCGAAGAGUGAAAAGAAGUAUUGAGGACAUCACAAUGAAAGAAACGAAUAAUGUGAGAACACUCUCCGGAGAUCAAGUAAUCACAGAAGACACCGUGGUGCCUCAUAGAAGCCAGCUGAAUAUUGCACCAGGAUCGAGGCUGAAAUUCCAAAAGAAUGUUGGAUUAGUGAUUUAUGGAUCGUUGAACUUGAUGGGAUCCAGUAGUCAACCAGUUACCAUGGAAGCAGUAAAUAAAAAUGAACGCUGGCGUGGAAUUGAGUUUCGAAAUGCGUCAACGUCCUCAUUGACUCAUGUGAACAUUUCCGGUGCCGAUGUGGCCGUGAGCGUUAAAGGAGGAGCAUCGCCGGAUAUGGAUCACGUUGUUGCUGAUGGAAAUACUUAUGGAAUAAAGAUUAGUGAUAUGGAUCCGACUACAACCACACACCUAAAAUCCGUGGUAUCCGUAAACAAUGAGAAAACUGGAAUCGAGUAUAAAAGACAACUGAAACAUAUUGUUUCAUUAUCGAAUCUUGGAUCUAUUUCCAUCGACAGAGCGACUGCAGCAUCCAACGGUGGCCUCGGUAUUUUCAUAAAUACAGAUCAACAAAUCAACAUUCGCAGAAGCACGGCUUAUUCCAACAACGGAACUGGCAUCUACGUGGGAACUUCUGAAGUGACUCUUGAAAAUGUUGUUGUGAAUGCUAAUGGGUUCUAUGGAAUCCAUGUGGAAGUCGAGAAGAGAUUAGAAGAAAACAAAUUUCAGAUGGAUGGUGUAAAUGUGUCAGCUCAUCGGACAGAGUUCUCAGUGGAAUUGUUUACGACGGCGGACGCAAAAAUUGGAAUAGCGAAUUCUCGUUUUCACGAUAACAAAAAGGGCGGUGUGCGGAUUUCAGGGCAGUUUCAGAGUCCUAAUAUAAUCUUCCGAGACUGCCGAUUUCUUCGGAACUCUGGAGAAAUAAUACAAUUCAACGACUUCAAGAAUGCAAGUUUGAUUAUGGAUAAAUGCGAAUUUGUGAGCAGCAACUACAUUGAUUUUGACGGUGGAGACUCCGCGGUGUCCCUCAAAAACGUUACUGGAAACGGAAACCAACUGACGAUAUCCAAUUGCAAAUUUACCAAAAACACCAUGCACGACGUCAUAAAAAUAUUGGAAACCGAUUCUUCGGCGACUCAGAUCCAGAUUUCAGCCAACGAAUUCAAUCAGAAUCUUGCAAACUCCAUCAUCACCACUAAUUCAGCUAAUGCUUCAAUUACUGAGAACAGAUUUCAAGACAAACGAUCCACGUGCGAGAUCACUUAUUACUCUCCAGCAAUCCCAAAACCUGAAGAUAUCUCAGACAACAAAAUGCUCUCUGGGAACAAGAAUCCGAUUUGCACUGGGUACGGAUAUCAAACCGUUCAAAUGGAUGAACCUGUUACUUCCACUCCUCUCCCAUUAAUUGGUGUCACUGGAAAUCCGUUUAAAACCUCUAACGGAGUCAUCAAGGCGGCUUCGGAACCCUAUCUGAUCAAUGAAGAAGUUGUGAUAAACAUUGGAGAAACAGUUGUGAUUGAACCGGGUACAAUUCUAGAUUUUGCACCUGGAGUCGGGAUUACUGUAUCGGGUCGACUGAUUAUGAAUGGGACUGAAGAGAAGCCAAUUGUGACUCGUGGUCAGAAUGAUAACACGUGGCGAGGGAUCGUAGCAAAGCCAGAAGGUGUCCUAGAUGUGAAAAAUGUGGUUUCCGAGGAUGCAUCAAUUGGAAUAUGGAUAGAUUCUCAAAAAGUGAAAAUAGAAAAUGGACGGAUUGUUAGACCAGUAGUACAUGGAAUAGAGAUAACACAAAACUCUAAUGAUGUUGUGGAUUUGGGAGGGUUGAUAAUUGAAGAAGCUAGUGAAUCAGCAAUCGGAGUGGACGAAAGAAGAGAUGAUCUACUUAUCAAGAACACUAAAAUACAGAAUGGAGUUGGUAGUGGAAUCGAUUUCAUGACACCUACAGGAAACAUUGAACUCCAGAAUAUUAUCAUUGAUAACAUGGGAGCUUAUGGAAUUCAUAUUUCUGAAUUCCCAUCAUCUCCACUACACGCAGUACUUUUGGAAAAUGUUAGUGUAACCAAUCAAAAAAGAGGACAUGCCGGAAUUCUGAUAUCUGGAGGGUGGAUUCAAAAUGUUGGGCUGCAUAAUUUGAACUGUUCAAAUAAUUAUGUUCCAAGUUUAAUAGUUGCCUUGGAGUGUAAUGAUGGAAAUGAGAAAUUGAUCAAAAUGGAUAACAAUUCAUUUGAAAGGAAUUCUGAUAUAGUUCAACACAUUCAGUUGGGAAGUUGUGCAAAUCUUCAAAUGGAAAGAAACAAUUACAAUGAGAACAAUGCGGAUGGAAUCGGAUCUACGCUAGUUGUCACAUCUGAAAGCAAUGUGAAAAAAAAAAAUGGAGUUAUGGAAUUUGUGAAGAACAACUUCACCAACAACGGUGGAAUAUAUACUGUCACUCUGGAUACAAACGUACACGAUGCAUACUUCACAGAUAAUUUUUUAACCGAUAACUCUAAUUCUGGAGCAGUUCUUAAAAUAUCGGGAGAGAAUGUAAAGAUUGUGACUAACAACUUUGACAACAAGAAUAGCAAUUAUCAAAUUGCGUAUUCGGACGACUCGGUAAGUCUCUCUGUUUAUCUGUUUCCUAUCGAUGCAACAUUUAAUGAAUGGAAUGGCCUUGACGAGGAAACUGUUCUAAAAACGAUUGAUGCUAAAGAAGGAGCUGUUCUUAUUGUUCCUUAUGGAUACACCACCGUAUCUGUAGACAACCAACUUGAUCCUCUCACUACAGUAAUUCCAGUUACUGUGCCCGACUCUGCGAACAUCAAAUGUGCUCAUCUAGCAUAUUGCUCUAGACGUGGAACCUGUAGAGAUGGAAUCUGCAUUUGUCCACAUGGAUACACUGGAUUCGAUUGCUCAAUUCCUCUCUUCUGUAACUGUAGUGGAAAUGGAUUAUGCAAUUUGCUAAACAUUUGUAUGUGCAAUGAGGGCUGGUCUGGAUCCGAUUGUUCCACCCCAAAAUGUGUCACAAAUUGUACCGGACAUGGAAAAUGUUCAGCUCCAAACAAAUGUGAAUGCAACCAGGGAUGGAUUGGAGAGACUUGCGAUAUUACUUCAUGUCAAGAUUCAAACUGUGUACAUGGCCACUGUGGAUCAAAUGGACUAUGUCUCUGUGAAUCUGGAUGGCAAGGUUCUAGAUGCCAGAUUCCAUACUGUGCAAACUGUUCUCUGAAUGGGGUAUGUAUUCGACCUGGAUUCUGCUCUUGUUUCGAAGAUUACGGUGGAUCGGAUUGCUCGAAAUGUGUUGGAGACUCUUGCGAAGCUUGUGAUUUUGAUUGCAACCAUGGUGUCUGUGAGCACCUAACGAAAACAUGUUCCUGUUCGAGAGGAUGGAUGGGCGGAGCUUGUGAUGUGUGUGCAUCUGGUAAAUGUGAUGACACGAGUAAGAUACAGUAUAUUCAACCAUCCACUGCUGAGCUCGAAGAUCUGAACGCAGUGGUCAACGUUUUUGGAGAUGGGUUUUCUAUGUAUGUUUCCAUAGAUCAUUUGAGUUUUAAAAAUAGAUUUUGCAGAACUUCAAAUAAUUCCUAUGUGUGCACUUUCGGAAGAACAAAUGUCACUGGCCGUAGAGUUUCAUCAUCCCUUAUUCGUUGCCCGAUUCCGUCCAAUCUGACUCUGGGUCGACAUGUUUUCAGCGUUUCACAGCCUGAAUCUUUCAAAGUGAUUGGAAAUUCAGAAGCAAAACCAAUCCAUUUCACUCUAUACGAUGGAUGUGAAAUUUCGCUUUGCCAAGGAUCUUGUAUUGGUCCGCUUUGUAUUUGUCCACAAGGAAAAACUGGAAUAUUCUGUGAUGUUAUCGAAGUUUUGCCGAGCAUUGACAAACGAUUUCUGGAGCAUCAAAGAGCCAACACGGCGUAUGAAGGUGUCCCGUAUGUUCUGAUGCUCCCAACGAUGGCUUCUUCGGUUCUGCGAGUGAAUUCAACUAUUCCAAAUUUAAAUUUCAUUGCUUCAAAAGGAAUAGUGGCCUGGCCGGAACCAAUUGGUUCUCCAUACCCAUAUGAAGUUAAAGUUACAGCUUUUUCACCCGCUGGACAGACUGAGAUUGCCUGGAAUAUCACUGUGCAACCAGAAUAUGCAGUAGAAGUUCAAAAUGUGACUGUUGACGAAGGAGUGGCAAGACUCCGAGGAAAACUGAUUGGGCCUGCAGCAGCAUCAAUGCGAAAGAAACCAGUAGUAAUUCGAGUGAGGAGAGACGACACGGUAGAUGAAAUCCUAGCAGAGUCGGAUGUCAAUGGAGAUGUGACUUUUGAUUACAUUCCAAUGUUGCCUGGAAUUUACGAAGUCACAAUUGCUCAUCCAAAUGUGCCAUCUGAUCCAAUUCAUCCUGUCAGGUUCAUAAUUCCUGAUAUGAAUCUCCAUUUGACAGGAGAGUCUUCAAACUCUACACUUAGCCUGAACAUCACUGGGCCAGAGAACUGUGAAGUGAAAGUAAUUCAACCAAAGUUGGAAAACCAAAAAAUCGAGCGUCAAGGAUCCCAGACAAUUGUGGAUUUUGGAAGAUUUUGGGACGGGGAAGUUCUAGCAACAGUGAAGUGCGAAGACUCACCACUGGAAAUCGUUAGAGCUCCUCCCAUUCAGAAGAAUGGUAUUUUGACAACAACCCCUGAAGUGCUCAGUGUAUACGGGAAUGAAAAUCUUUAUGAGGUGAAAGUUCAUUGGCCUCCCGAACUCGAAUUCAGUCCAAAUGUUGUGAUUUCUGAAGGUAGCUUCGACGAAAACCCAGUGGUGAUUCCAGAAGAUAAAUUUCUCCGUAUGACAUUUUCAAAAGUCGGAGAAUCGAUUGGGAAUGGAACAAUUCAAGUGAAAGAUGGACCUAACCUGAUGUCUACGAUUCCAUAUUUCUAUGCAGCUUCUAACAAAUCCCAAUACUACACUUUCAAAAUUUGUGUUCGAGAUGAAUGGGAUGGGCAAGAAGGGCCUUUGGCAUCAACUGAAGCAGCAACAAUUGCGAUUCAGAAUCCACAGAGAGGAAUUGAUGUUACCAAGACAAAUGUUCGAUUGAAUGUUCAAUGGGCUGAUUUUUCCCUACAGCCAGGCACAUACAGCUUGUUGGUGAGAAGUGAACUUCAUGAACCUGUCGAAACGAUUAUCGAGUUGUCCCCUUUGAAUACAAGUUUCUGUGUCCCAUUGGUGUCUUCUCGUUCAAGAAAUCUCCCUACUAUCCAUUGUUCUCACUUCACUGAUCCAGCUUCAUGUGACGUGACAAUCACUUCUGUGGCAACAUCAGAUAAUCAACUUCCGGUAUUUAAUUUCCAACCAUCUGUUGUUACAACAAACGGACAGAAAAUAUUAGUAACACCACGUGGAAGUUUAGGAGGAACCAUUGGACUAUGGAACGGUGGAAUUUCCGGAAUCAUGGUGACCCCAUCUAAAAGAUCUGUGUCCAUCAAUGAAAGUUUCUGGAUCAGUUUCUCGUGGGAGACAAAUCAAGUGACCAAAACCUGUGAUGUGAAAAAUAUCCAAGUUCCAUUUGUUUUCCUCCCAGAAUCCAGUCAAUCUCAAGUUCCAAUGCACAGUUCAUCAAGCGUUCUCAUUCGACUCAGAGUCGAUUCUAAUCAAAUCUGUGAUUCUGAUAACACUGCAGUUAUUCCUGCUACUUCAACACUUGUUAUGUGCAAUUGUGGAGAUGGAGCUAGAACACGAUGCAGAGAAAGAUAUCAUUCAGCAACAGCAUGCGGUGGAUCAUGGGCCAAAAUCGCGGAUGAUACAGUAUCCCUAGAAGUACUCGCUUCAUUCCUCGCAAUGGUUUUCGAGUGUAGAGAAGUUUCUGUGGACUUCGCGGAGCUCCGAAAUUCUUUGGAAUGCGUUGCUUCUAUCGAAAGCGAUUGUCCUAUUGGAGCCAGGAGACACAAGAGGGAUGUAGUCCAGAUGCAAAACGACUCUCCAUUUGGUAUUAUCCACGAGUUAAAUUCGAAUACUGACUUUGGAAAAGUUCUUCCGGUUCUCAAUGCAUUGGAUGUUCAGACAAUUAGAAUAUCUUCUAUUUUUAUUGAAUUUGUGGAUAGAAUGCAAAAAAUAUUCCCAAGAGAAGUGAUCGAACCAUUGGAUAGAGAUGCAGUCGAUCGAUUUUUGGGAGCCAUUGCUGAUUCCUCAGAUGAAGGACAGUUUAUAUCAGAAGCCGAGAGAAGAAUCAUUGGAGCAGAAGCAUUUAGUCUCGUUCAAUUAUGGAAUCUGACUGUGAAGAGCUGGAACUCUGGAAAGAUUCCACAGGAAAGAGUAGGUAUCACUCACCAAGAUGCAAAACUUUUGGUAUCAGCUGCGGAUCGAAUCAAGUCUAUCUCCAGACAAAACGUGGCUCAAGAUCCGUUUGCAAUGUUGCAUGGAUACAUGGAAAGGAUGUUGGAAACAGGAGAGACCGAACAAAAGGAGUGUGCGACAAGUACAGUAUUCAUUGAUAAAACGGAAGUGGAAGAAGAUGGUCAGAUGAGGAUUCAAGUAUUUAUAAAAAAUAAAGCAAACAUCACCCUUACAAACGUCGGAGUCACAUUAUCCUUUGUCAAGUCUGAAUCAAAAACUGCUGCUGUAAAUUUCAACAUUGGCCCAUCCUGGUCUGCAGGAAUCGGAAGUCUAACUGGUCUUGGAUCUUUCGAAGCUGGAUCAUCUUUUGAGAUUCACUGGACUCGAUUUAUAUCUGCGCCACGACGACUAACAACAGUCGCAAAGUAUCAGCCAAUCAUCAUUUUUUCAUUCUCUUCAAUGGGCCGUCUGACCCAACAGAAACUAUUCGCAUCUGAAGUUUCAGUGAUUCCCAAGAAGACCAUUCGAGCUAUCAACAUCAUCAAGGAUAGCUUAUCGCCCAAAGAAGGAACUGAUUUUUCUGUAAUCAGUGCGAUCAUUAAUCACGGCUACACACCACUGAAAGAAGUAGAAAUCAAGAUGAAUGAACUGAAACAUUCGGGAUCCGUCACACCAAGAUUAGAUUCUGUAUUUGUGAAUGGAAAGCUUACAUUCAAGACUCUCACUCCUAAAUUCUCAAACAUUCCGAGUGGAUCUACUCAGUUGAUCAGAAUCUUGAUGAAAGAUAGUGAUAAUACCAUUGUUCCGAUUUCAUCUAUGAAUUUGACUUGUUUGGAAAAUCAGAAGCUGUUACCCUUGGAAACCACAGAAACUUAUGCGAUCCGUGCUGCAGGAAUAUCUGACUUCGGGAUGCUUUUAGCUACACCCAACCAAUCAGUUCCAUUAUUUUAUUUCCGUCCAUCAGCAGCUCAAAUGGUUAACGUCAUCAAGUUAGAAUUUCUAUCGAUCCAAAAAGUGAAUUCUUCGUCUCCGAGCAUGAAAAGUUUUGUGGCGGCGUUUAGAAAUCCUAUCCUUACCAGGAAAGAGUCAACAAGUUUCGGUGGGGCACUAUGGGCCCGAAUGCCAGUUCCAGAGGUUCAUGAAAUGUACAAGCUGGUCUCGAUCGUAGAUAGAGGAGGAACUAGACCAAGGGAGCUACAAGCUGUGCAAUGGAUGUCAGAGGAAAAUGGAAAUCAAAUGCUCAACUGGAUUGACCCUGGAUCCUUAUCGCCAUCUCAACAGAUGUUCUAUGAGCUUCAAUUUUCUGACCCGAAUGCGUCUGUAGAAGACGAGAAUCCCUCAUUUGAACAACUUCAAUACCGAAUAGAAAUUCCACAAAAUCACCUGGAACCUAACACAAAAAUCGGCCAAAUUGAAGCCGACUCCUCAGAAGAUCUGACCUAUUUCUUAUACGCUCCAGAUAACAGCAAACGAUUUUCAGUAGAUUCAGAAACCGGGAGAAUAUUCUACGAUUCUGAUGAACCACUAAGCAAUGAACUGGAAUAUUGUGUGGUUCUAGAGGCGAGAGACCCCCAAGGGAGAGUUACCAGAGUACCAGUGGCGAUAAAUAAUGGAGGUCAAAGAAGAGAUUGUGUUCUGUUCAGUACAGUAAACCUGACACCAAUUCUUCAUUUUGGAGAUUAUAUUCCUGCUCCCACCAUCUUGACACCAAGGACGUUUGUCUUCACAACAACACAACCAACGUCUCUUAUGACAACAUUCUCCACGACACUUAUCGACUUUACUCCAUCGCCCAUCACAGAAUCUCCAAGUUCUUCGACUGUUUCUGAAACUGAUGGAACAACUUCGAAUUGGCAAACUACUGAAUCGUGGAGUACAUCAGGAGGAUCCACAUCAUCGGAUUAUCAUACAUCAGAAAGUUAUGCAACAACCACCGAUUCAUCUUCUUGGUAUUCUUCUUCGUAUGCUACUUCGAAAGGCACAACAUCUUUUACCGAAUCUUCUACGUGGUCAUCCACAAAUGGAGUAGAUGACACUACGACAAAACACCCCAGCACAUCUGGCGGCGACGAUUCAACUUCUACUGGUACAACUAUUACUUUUGUUGACUCUACUUUGGAAACUAUAACACCGACGGAACCAUCUACUACAUCGGAAAGUACUACAUCUGGGGAAAAAUUAACGACACCUUUAAUGACAACAUUAGAGUCCGAAGCAACAUCACCAGAAUAUAUUACAUCUGAAUCCACAUUGCAGUCUAUAACUCCCCCUACAGAGAUGAUACCAACUGAUUUCCCGACCCCUUCUGACCAGAUGACUUCUACGAUCGAGCCCUCUGAAUCCACAUCUACCGUAGACCCACUUCUUGAAACUUCGGCAUUCCCAACACCAGACUUCACCCUUGAACCUAUCACAACCUCCACGGAUAGCAGCACCACAGAUUAUCCAGAUGGAACGACGAUGACAUCUCCUGAUGUAACACUUCCAAUUCUCACGACGUCUACUGAAGUUACGUGGAUUUCGACCAUUGGAAGCUCUGCAUCAACUUCAGAAGUAACUCGAAUUCUUCCCACUGAUCCGACAACACCAUCCACCCCGCUUGCUUCCACGACUACAGAAUCGGUCUACACUGUUUCGUCAGAUGGAACCCUUGAGCCAAUAACGUCUGAACCCACGACGUCAUCCUCUGAAACAACAACUCCACCUGAAUACACAAUAAGUCCAGAUUCAUAUCCAGAAACCGAAGGAACCGUACAACCACCGAUUCGAAUAUCAACUGUCGGAGGAGGGGACACCUAUGUCACAUCAUCCCCGGCUGCUGGUACUACUGCUAGUUUUACAGUAUCCACAGAAACUCCAUCAAAUUCCAUCCGAGAUUUCGAUUGUGCCUCGACUAGUUCUCCACUAACUGGCUUCUUCAAAAUGGUUUGUGAUAUCCAAUUGAUGGCUAAACAAACACACAGAUCUCAAAUAUCAUGA